AUGUGUAAUUGUAUCGGUCAGGACUGGGACGACCUGCAUUACGGAGACUCGGCCCUGGGGUCCAUGGGACGCUGGCAAUGCGAUGAGUCUCUUGAUGCAUUUAUCAUGGAUUCAUUUCCAAAAAAGGAGCAUGAGGCGCUCCAAAUAGGCGGCAGAAAAAGCGAGGCUAUUAUGCGCAAGCUGACUGCUGUCAACUUGAAGACAAUCGGAAAUAUUGAGAUUCAAGGAACGCACGACUUGAGAAACCACCUUCGGCUCAGUGACUGGGAGGGAAAAGUCCGCAUCAAAAUCUUCCACCAUACGAGCUUCCUGAGGCAGCACUUGCUGGCCUCAAAACAGGCGAAGGAACAGAAUGACCCCGACGAGGUCUUUGAUGGUUUCAUUCUCCCGCAGGGGUUCGAUCCAAAUGUCGGCAAGCACAACACCAACGGCACAGAUGAGAACGGCAUAGAGUUAAGAGAAUAG